GAACGCCCACAAAGCCGCUCGUCCGGGGCGCCGCUCUUUCUCUUUCUCUCUUUUUCUCUGUUCGUCUGUUUCUCGCUGAUGCGGUCGCGCUGAGGCCGAUGCGGGCGCCGCCAUGCCGCGCUGCCUCAUGGCUAAGAAGUGGAAGGUGGCUCCGGCGGGGGAGCUGCUUGACGACUCCGAUGAGGAGAUCGACGUGGUCGGCGAGGGGCGCGGCCGCAGCCCCGCGCCCGCUGCCACCGCCCCUGGGCCCUCGCCCCGCGAUCCAGAACCGACGCUUCUCUACAACGGUUACACCGAGGAGCAGCCUUCCACUCAGUUCACCGCUCAGCUUCCGACCGAGGUGAGUCCGGUUCCUCCGGGCCCCUCCCAGCCGGCACCUCAGCCUGUCUCCUACGCUCUUCUGCAACUUUCCAACUCUGAUUCGACUGAAACGCCCUUUCUACAAGUACAAAUCCAAUCUUCGCCUAUCUCCCCUCCUUUGCCACCGGCGAGCGGCAAGUCUAACUCAAUGUGUUACACGAGUAGUGGAACUCUCCUCUCUCUACCACCAAAGAAGAAGGACAUAUAUCGUCCAUAUUGUUUAGGAGAUCGCGAUUAUCUUCAGCGACCGGAAGAGGAUCUCAAUGCAGCCCACGCGAUACUAGAUCUGAGCCAACACGCUGUUUACCUUACCACACCGCCGAGAGCUGAGCCAUCACCUGUUGAGCCACCGCCCCCCGCACCUCCCGAGCCCCCGCAAGAGCAAUCCACCGACCGGGCUCGGGAAACUGUAGCUUAUACAUACGACGCUUUCUUUGUCAGCGACGGGCGAUCUAAGCGAAGGAAUUACGCAAACGCACCAGUAGAAUGUGCACAACAACCUGAACACAAGUCGAAGUAUACCUGCAGCGAAUGUGGAAAGCGCUAUGCCACAUCCUCGAACCUUUCCCGACACAAACAAACUCACCGCAGUCUGGAUUCGAUGGCAGCGAAGCGUUGCGGAGAAUGCGGUAAGGCAUACGUGUCCAUGCCCGCCCUCGCUAUGCACGUGCUCACUCACCAGCUGUCGCAUGUGUGCGGUGUAUGCGGAAAGCUGUUCUCCCGUCCGUGGCUGCUGCAAGGACAUCUCCGCUCCCACACUGGAGAGAAACCCUACGGAUGUGCGCAUUGCGGCAAGGCAUUCGCAGAUCGCUCCAACUUACGUGCGCACAUGCAGACUCAUUCUUCAGAUAAGAACUUCGAGUGUUCAAGAUGUCACAAAACAUUUGCUCUGAAAAGCUACCUCAAUAAGCAUCAAGAGUCAGCCUGUGUACGAGAGGACGACCCGUCUUCGCCCGCUCCCACAUCCGCGUCCGAAUCAGGCUAGGUUACCAGCGCUUUAUAUAUGUAUGUAAUUAGGGACCGUUGGGUUAACUGACUAACUUAAAGUAUUACUAUGAAUUUAGUUGUUUAGAGUAAUAUAAAUUUACAAAUUAAUAAUAGUACAUAGGAGGCGACUGGCGGCCGGGUGGCGUUCGAACGCGUCAGCCGGCCUGCGGUGCCGCAAUCGAGCAACGUUUCGCAAACAACGAAUACUGUAAUCCCCUAGGAAGGCGUAUCUGCCUUUGGUCGCGCGGAUUAGACCGGCGGCCGCGUCCUCUUAAACAUGUACAUAUUAACAGUAAAUAUACCCUUAUAUAUAUAGAAGUAACGAAAUACGAAUGAAAUUAAUAUCUUUUGUAGGAAAUUUUUACAAGCGCAACGUAGGUUAGAGAUUAUCAGCGUGUAAGUAUAUUUGAGGUGCGAGGGUCGAGGAGUUAUAGUUCAGUGAAGGCGGUGGAGCGCAUAUGUCGGGAUGCGCCGCAUCCGUCUCGGUGGGGACUUGCCGAAACUUUCCGUCCGAAGCUCCGCACGGGGACCGCUCCGCUCGCCGCUCACCGCUCCGCUAGUCGCUCGUCACUCGCCCCUCGCCGGCCGUCGCCGCCGCCUCGCUCCUACCAGUGCCUUAGCGGCGACUAAGCGCCGCACCCGUCCCGCUACCGCUAAGCACUCGCCAAAGUCUUCCAAACACAUUUACUAAUUCACAGUGAAGCUAGGCCCUGUCACUACGAGUUUUCGUCAGUGUUUAUUCAUUGCUAGGCAUUUUAGCAUCAGUUUAGCUUCAUUUCUCCUGCGCUUUACUUGACGAACAAAACCAUAAAAUUUGGGUAAAUGAAUGGUCGGGUUACACAAUAUACCGAAAUAUAAGAUUAAAGAAGUUAUCCUUUUGUCUACAAAGUUAAUGAUAC